UAGUUUAUGCACAUCAAGUCAUCUUUAAUGGAUACCUACGUUUUAUCUCGCCUUCUCAUCCUAGUUCUCUGCAUCUACGGCCUUAAAACCGCGGUCCAUGGAGCUGGAGAAUGCGGGAGGAACCCUCCGGAUAGAGAAGCCAUAAAGCUGGCUCCGUGCGCAAUGGCUGCACAAGACAAGUCUGCUAAAGUGUCGGCAACUUGCUGCGUUCGAAUUAAACAAAUGGGGAAGAACCCGAAAUGCCUUUGCGCUGUCAUGCUCUCCUCUACAGCUAGAAACUCUGGAGCAAAGCCAGAGAUCUCAAUGACCAUUCCUAAACGCUGCAACAUCGCUGAUCGUCCCAUUGGUUACAAAUGUGGAGCUUAUUCUCUGCCUUGAUGUGGCAGACAGAGAGCAAUAAACGUUCUUCGAAACCAGUCUAAAAUCAUGUGUAUCACUUUGUUUCAGUAAUAAAGUUUGAUCAAACACGACUAUUGAUCAUGGAAA